CGCAAUCCAUAUCCUUUAUUGCAAGUCAGUCAGGUGUUCAGUGUGGCGUUCGGUGCCACUGUGCAUUGCCCUACUGUUCGGGUCCGCGUGACGCGCACGUGCGUGGCCGCGGAAAGCGCGGUCCUGUGUGUUUGGGCUUGAUCGCGCGCCUCCAGGAAGCAGGAGUGUCCGCGAGGAAUGGAAAGCGAAACUUAACUUCUCGCGCCUCAGAGUGUCGCAUGUAGCUGUAGCCUUUUUUUUUUUCUUCUCAUAAAAUCGUUAAGAAACAAUUAGCACUAUACAGCCGAAGACAGGUACAACUAUAAAACUUUCAUUAGGUAAAGCAUCAGUUGCUGAAAUCAGAAUCUGCAACAUUAUUAUGUACAAUUCUUCAACACCACAGCUUUCAUCUUGUGUGCCUUGCUGGUAGUGAUUCAGCUACCCACCCUUCCCCUCACAAUCUGACCCCUGCGAUAUGAGCAGAGGUAGAGGUAUCCCCUCCAAAAAGAAUUAUCGAUUUUCCUCUCCCGGUCAUCAGGGUAAAUGUCAGUAUAGGCCGAGUUCUGACGCAAACCCUUGCAGCCCAUGGGCCCCCCGUCUCCAGAGCAUCCACAUUAAUGCCAACAGAUUUUCUGCAUCUUCUUUUCCUUCCACUGUGAACUCGCAUCCCCAUUCUUUACCACCACUGAGUUCAGCACCUCCUUUCCCCAAUCACCCAUACUGCUACCAAGAUUCAAAUGGAGUAGGAGGUCAAAAUAGUGAAACUUUUCGGCAGAAGCAGAUUCAGUUUUUGUGCGGUCACUCUUCAGAACCUCCAGAUCUGAGAUCAUGUCAUCAAAGUGGGAACCACAGUUCAGGCAGUAGGGCUGAGAUUAGAAGUGGACCUCAACCAACCACCCUCAACCAGCAAGAGUCUGGGCAUCUCAGAAACCAGUAUAACAGCCACAGGCAGAAGCAGUGCUAUAGCAACAACAGAAACAGAGGAAACUGGUGUGCAGGGUAUACUGCUGGUUACAGUGGCCUCCAAAGGCAAGGUGGUCAUAUCCAGCUAGUAAGGCCACAAACCUGUACCCAGAAUCAGAAAAGAUAUCAAAAUUCUACCCUGGAAUGUGGAAGUUCAAUUUUGUUUGAUAGUUUCCAGAAUUUAUCCUUGCAACAGGACAGAGUACCCAGAAACAGUAAUUUGGAGACACUCUCCAAUUGUAGUAGUAUCAGCACCUUUUCUGUUACUCAUUUUGCACCUCAUUGUACAGCUAGUUCAGAAAUACAAGAACUGGUUCUCAAUGCUCUGACUUCUUUAAGCCCAGGGAAAACUCUUCAAGCUAAGGUUUUUGCCAAAAAACAUAAUCUGCCAAGAAAAGUAAUCAAUCAAGCCCUGUACGCACUGCUUCGAUUACAGAAGGUGGAAAAGCAAGGAGGAACUCCACCUCUUUGGACUCUUCCACGAAGUUCAUCAGAGAAAAAGGAAAACAGAUUCACUAGUGAUAAUUGUGCAUCUAUAUCGCAAGAAAAAAUUGAGUUACUUCCAAAAAACAGACAAGAAGUAGUUACAUCUGCUUUUGAAACUGGUGUUGAGAGUGAACAAGAUAACGUGUAUAGUCAGUGCAGUUACAGAGAUUUUGACCUGGAGUCAGACACUUCUUCUGACACAUCUGAUUUUGAUCAGGACCAUCCAAUCACUACUGUUAGGACAAUGAACUUUGUGAGUAUGGGAGAUACUAAAGACCAAAUUCUGCAAUAUCUUUAUGAUUCUCGCAGAGCCAAUGCACUCACGCUGGCUAAGAAACUUGGCUUCAAAACUGCGAAGCAGAUCAACCCUACACUGUAUGUACUGGAGAAGCAGGGUGAACUUAGACGUGACCCCUCUGUUUCACCUCCUUUCUGGGAGCUGUCUGAUCAUAAAAGGGAGAGGAUGGAUAGGCAUAAGAAAGCCACACAGAGUGCUGCUGUAGAGGGGUCAUCUCUAUCACUUGAGUUUUUAGCAGGAGCAGCUCACUUGGAAGGAAUAGCUGGAACAAUGGGGCAUCCAGGGGGUGGCAUCAAAGAUGACCAAACUAUUGCCAACUUUUCAUGUAGUGGACAGCUACAGCCAGGUUUUGAGCCACUUCCUUCUAGCUUGGUUGAAAGUAUGGAAUAUGGACUAGGUAAUGGAAUGUCACAUGGCCCAGCAAGCCAAGUACAAAAACAUGCAGUGGUCAGAUCAGAUGCUGACAAUAACUCAGUGCCCAUGCCAGACCUGGAAACCAUUACCCCUAAUAUCGCAGACUUCCCCACCUCUGCAGCCACGUCAUACUUCACUAACCUCCACCAACCUUCCUUACCCUAUCAGGAAGACAUUAAAAAUGGAGCUAUUUCUCAGUGGGUGUCAGAUGACAUCCCUGAGUUUCUGAAUGCCAUUCAGCCCAGAUCUGAAGGGACAGUAGCAGUGUCCCUUGCUGCAGCACCCCAAAAUUUGGGUUCAAGCCGCCAGCAAAAACUUCAGGAAGUGCGGUCCAAAAAUCCUGUCAGUGGCCUAAUGGAGUUUGCCCAGCACUUGGGACAGAACUGUGAGUUCCUCCUCCUCGAUCAGUCUGGGCCCUCACAUGACCCAAGGUUCAGGAUGCAGGUUGUAUUGGAUGGCCGAAGGUUUCCUGUGGCAGAAGCAUCAAGCAAAAAAUUAGCUAAGAAGGAUGCAGCUGCUGCAACAUUGAAAAUCCUGCUGCAAGAGUUGGAGGGAGGUGUACAGAAAGAGCAGGAGGGUGUGUUACAGGAUAACAGCAAUACAGCUGGAAGGAAUACUGCCAAUGACCCAACAGCUGAUACCACUGGACCUUCUUUCGAAGAUCCCCCACAGGCACUGUCACGCUCCUUGCCAGGAGGAAAGAACCCUGUGUCCCUGCUUAUGGAGCACAGCCAGCGUACUGGGCAUGCCAUAGAAUUCAUCAGCACAGGGCAGGAGGGGCCACCACAUGAUCCACGCUUCAUGUUCAGAGUGAAGGUGGGGGAAGCACUUUUUCCACAGGCUUCAGCUCCCAGUAAAAAAGCAGCUCGUCAGUUGGCUGCAGAGGAGGCUGUGAAGGAGUUACUUGGACAUGGACGACUGCAGCUCCACAAGCCUCAGUCAAGUUUCUGCCCUGUUGGGGAAGAUAACGGGCCUAUCAUGCCUCCUUGUCCCUCCCUACCCCCGCUGACGGCAGCAGAGCUGCAGGCAGCCCAUGAGGCAGGGGUAGGCGAUCUCAUCAACCACCUGAACAAUAACGCAGUGUCAGGGCUUCUCGAGUAUGCUCGAGCACGAGGCUUUGCUGCUGAGAUCCGCCUGGUGGGCCAGUCAGGACCUCCACAUGACCCAAGGUUCACCUACCAGGCAAAAUUGGGUGGCCGUUGGUUCCCACCGGUUUGUGCCAGCAACAAGAAGCAGGGCAAACAGGAGGCAGCUGAUGCGGCCCUCAGGGUGUUGAUUGGGGAGGCAGAGAAAGCAGCCCGCACCGGGGAGCUUACACCAGAGCUCCCAGUGAGUGGCAGCACCCUGCACGACCAGAUCGCCAUGUUGAGCCACCAGCGCUUCAAUGCCCUCACUGCCCGCAUCCAGCACAGCUUGCUGGGUCGCAAGAUUCUUGCCACCAUUAUAAUGAGGAGAGGGGACAACCUUGGCACUGUAGUCAGCAUGGGAACUGGCAAUCGGUGUGUUAAAGGAGAAGAGUUAAGCCUUAAAGGGGACACAGUCAAUGACUGCCAUGCAGAAAUUAUUUCCAGAAGAGGGUUCAUCAGGUUUUUGUACAGUGAGCUGAUGAAGCACAGGUUGGGCUCAGAAGAGAGUAUAUUUGAACCAGCAGAUGACGGCAAGCUCAAAAUAAAGCCUGAGGUCACCUUUCACCUUUAUAUCAGUACUGCCCCUUGUGGAGAUGGUGCUCUAUUUGACAAGUCCUGCAGCGAGGCAGCAGUGCCAACUGACAGUGGACACAUGCCACUUUUUGAAAAUGUCAAGCAAGGAAAGCUGCGCACCAAAGUGGAGAAUGGAGAGGGCACUAUUCCCGUGGAGUCGAGCGCCAUAGUGCCUACAUGGGAUGGCAUCCAGCAUGGUGAGCGACUGCGCACCAUGAGCUGCAGUGACAAGAUCCUUCGCUGGAAUGUGCUGGGCCUGCAAGGAGCGCUACUGAGCCACUUUCUACACCCUGUGUACCUUCGUACUAUUACUUUAGGUUACUUGUACAGCCAUGGACAUUUGACCCGGGCAGUAUGCUGCCGACUGGCCAGGGAUGGUGAUGACUUCACCAAGAAACUUCCUCCCCACUUCACCCUGAACCACCCUGAGGUGGGCCGUGUAAGUGUUUAUGACUCCACGCGGCACACAGGCAAAACCAAGGAGUCCAGUGUAAACUGGAGCCUGGCAGACCACACCACUGUAGAGGUUUUGGAUGGGACUAAAGGCAAAGUGGAUGGACCCAAACUGGAUGUGUCCCGUGUCUCCAAGUCCAACAUGUUCCGCCUCUUUCGAGCCCUGUGCCAGUUGCGGGGCCGUUCUGACCUGUUGGUACUAUCCUCCUAUGCGCACGCAAAGAUGGCCGCAAAGUCUUUCCAGACGGCAAAAGCGCAGUUUUUCCAUGCUCUCAGUGCACAUGGCUAUGGGGCCUGGAUUGGUAAGCCCUUGGAGGAGAAGAGCUUUGAGGCUAGUAACAUCCCUGAGAGUGGUCCUGCUCCCAGCAUAAACAGUAGUACUCACAGUGUGUAGGGCCAGAGAAAGGGUGGGUAUAGAAGAGGAAGGGAUGGGAAAGGACUAAGUUACAAGCAGGAGAGCACAUUGGUCGAGCCCCCCCCAGGGUGAAGCUUUAAUGUCAGUGCCCAUAAGAGCAGAAGUGACAAAUAUCGCCUCAGUAGUAUAAAGUUGAGCGGGAAUUGAACUUAAAGGCAGUCUCUGCCAUAGGGUCAUAAUAAGCACAAGCAAGGAAGGUUACAGAGCAAUGGAUAGUAACUGGAAGGGGGAAAAACGGUGCGGGUAUAGUUCUGAGAAAAUGCUGAUAUACACAAAUGCUCUCUUCUGUCUUACAUCAGUGAGAAAUAAAGUUUUCUUUAAUGUAAAUUACAUUCUUGUAGAUAUCAUUACAGUUUGGAUGCUAUCAGACCUAGCUGUCCUUUUUGCAUUUGUUCAGUUUCAUUAACACGAACAAAAGUAACUACACUUAAGACAGCUGAAACCAUCAGUGACAGUGCUUCAUCAGUUCUUAAUUAUACAGCCUUCUGCCUCUCACAUCUGUUCAGAUUCAAGAUAGUGCUGUAUGUUUAUAUACAUUUUCUUAGCAUUCUUCUCCCUAAGACAUCUCCCAUGUAGCACAAAAAAGAUUAAACUUCUCUAAUACAAAAGAUUCUGUAUUGGUAAACAAUCCCACUAUCUCAGAGCAUAAUAUCAUAUACAACUAUGUGAUCUUAGCAAAAUGAUUUAAGUUUUAUAGGGCUGGGUGGCUGCUUUUUCCAGUAAGAAAAGAGCAGGCUGAACUUGUGUAUUUUUAUAUUCUGUUUUGCUUUCUGAUGCAGGAAGCAGAGUGGCAUACAGAGGCUGGGGAUAUAUGCAUACUGUAUAUACAAAUAUGCACACACACACACACAUACAUAUAUAUGUGUAUAUAUAUAUAUAUGUAUGUAUAGGAAGUUGUGUGUAUAAAUAUAUUUGUAUUAUGUAUAUAUUUCCCACCAGGUAAUUUCUUUAAAUGGG